UGUCCCCGCUCGGCUGCCGUAUCCGAGUGACGUCACGCACACUCAAAGAUGUCGCUACCGGUGCGGCCUCAGCUCGCUCACCUCGCCAAAGUCUCCAGGAGGUUUCUCCACCUCCACCAACGGUUUCUCUGCUAUGGAGCCCCGUCGGAAAAAAAGGAGGCUCCAGCAGAAGCCCGAGUUUUCUCCGGCAUUCAGCCCACCGGGGUGCCCCACUUGGGCAACUAUCUGGGUGCUCUGGAGACUUGGGUGUCACUUCAGGACCAGUACCCGUCCGUGCUCUACAGCAUCGUGGACCUCCACUCCAUCACUCAGCCCCAGGACCCGGAUCGGCUCAGGGCCAACAUCCUGGACAUGGCGGCCAGCCUGCUUGCCUGCGGCGUGAACCCGAAGAAAGCCAUCCUCUUCCAGCAGUCUCAGGUGCCCGAGCACGCUGAACUUGCCUGGAUCCUCGGGUGCCUGACCAGCAUGCCCCGCCUCCGACACCUGCCCCAGUGGAAGGUGAAGAGCCGGCAGAAGAACGAAGGCAGCGUCGGCCUCUACACGUAUCCUGUCCUGCAGGCGGCAGACAUUCUGCUCUACAGGUCCACACAUGUUCCUGUUGGUGAGGACCAGAUCCAGCAUCUGGAGCUGACCCAGGAUCUGGCUCGCAUCUUUAACAAGCGCUACGGGGAACUCUUUCCCGAGCCCCGCGCCUUACUUAGCGCCACACGAAAGGUCAAGUCCCUCCGCGACCCCUCGGCCAAAAUGUCCAAAUCGGACCCCCAAGCCACGGCCGCCAUCGCCAUCACCGACUCCCCCGACGACAUCGCCCUGAAGAUCCGCCGCGCCGUCACCGACUUCACCUCCGAGGUGACCUACGACCCAGCGGCACGGCCCGGCGUGUCCAACCUGGUGAGCAUGCACGCGGCCGCCGCCUCCAUCGGCGUGGAGGAGGCGGUGUCGCGGGCCCGGGGCCUGGACACGGGGGCGUACAAGGCCGUGGUCGCCGAGGCGGUCAUCCGCCGGCUGGCGCCCAUACGGGAGGAGGUGCUGAGGCUGAGGGCGGAGCGUCCUCACCUGGAGGCCGUGCUGGCCGAGGGACGCCGCCGCGCUCGCCAGCUGGCCGCGCCCACGCUACAGGAAGUCAGGCGCAGGGUGGGCUUGUGUUGAAAGCUCAAUGACUCCUUUUGAGCACAUCACUUCCUGUCUGCUCUAAAAGCAAUUAUUAUAUUGCGUCAUGGAAGAAAACACGUGUUUAGUUAGAACAGGGGUCACCAACGCGGUGCCCGUGGGCACCAGGUAGCCCGUAAGGACCAGAUGAGUAGCCCGCUGGCCUGUUCUAAAAAUAGCUCAAAUAGCAGCACUUACCAGUGAGCUGCCUCUAUUUUUUUUAAAUUGUGUUUAUUUACUAGCAAGCUGGUCUCACUUUGCUCGACAUUUUUAAUUCUAAGUGAGACAAAACUCAAAUAGAAUUUGAAAAUCCAAGAAAAAAUUUUAAAGACUUGGUCUUCACUUGCUUAAAUAAAUUCAUUAAUAUUUUUACUUUGCUUCUUAUAACUUUCAGAAAAACAAUUUUAGAGAAAAAAUACAACCUUAAAAUUUUUUAAACACAUAUACCUUUUUACCUUUUAAAUUCCUUCCUCUUCUUUCCUGACAAUUUAA